AUGCUUCGGACCUCUUUGCGGUCUGUCUCAGGCCCUGCAAGCCGACAUGUUUGUCUCUCCUGUUUAACUCGCCCUGGUGCGCUCGGAUUGCGCCAGUUUCAUCGCAUAUCUCCACUACGCACCGAUUCAGGCGAAAUUAGACCGGAAGUGAAGUCAUUCGACGCGUCGAUCGAACCUCCAGCACCGCUGCCGCCCAAUGGUCAGGCUCCAGAGACUAAAGAUGCCGCUUCUUCUGAACCCCAGAAAUCCUCGAGGCCGCCUAGAGAUUCGCCGAGAGUACUCACUGCUGCUGCAUGGGCUCAGAUGAGUAAUUCACAACGGAACAAUUACAAAUACAGGCACCAUGCGUUGUACAACAAGUUCAAGCGGUCAAUGAUCGCCGAUAGAGAAAUGACCCUCAAGGAAGCAGUGGAGCUAGAAAUCGCGCAGGCGAAAGCAACAGAGCAAGAAGCAGCACCAUUAGAGGCCACACCGCUGGAGACCGCACCGCUCAAGGCCGCCAUGUCGGAGGCCGCACUAUCAGAGGCAACCCCGUCGCAGGAAGCUCCAUCAGAAGCAGCUCGGGUGGAAGCAGAAAAAAUAAAGGCAUUGCAACAGAAGAUGACGGCAACCCAAUUGGAAGCUGCACGAGAAAGAAAGGCCAAAUUCAAGGCGGAGAAAGCCAAACAUGAGUCUAAAAUGAUGAAGGAAAAGCAAAAGCAAAAGCAAAAAGAAAAAGAAAUGGAGAAGGAGAAGGAGAAGGAGAAGGGGAAGGGGAAAGAGAAGGAAAGCCAACUUGGAGCCGAGGUUGCAACAGAUGGCUUAUCAGACAUGCCUGCGAUCAGUGAACCCAAGAAGACGCUCAACUUGGAGUCCGCUAGCAAUGUGGUGGCCCAAAUAUUGGAAACCGGCACCACGAACAGUAUCACCAGCCCGAAUAAACCGUCUACCGAGGCCGAGAGGGAGAAGGAGGAACAGGAGGAGCCGAAGCAGGCCCCUCAUCCUCUUCAUAAACACGUUACGUCUAGGGACCGCGGGUCUCUUAGCUCAAAGGACCGGGACCUGCAAUUGAAAGAGGUGCGUACCCCCAUGCCUCCUGUCCCACGCGUCGCCUUUGGUCUCGACCGAGUGCUUUUCAACCCCGGUGUCUAUCAGCUACGUGACCCUCGGUCUCUUGUCUAUAACUUCGAUCCCUACUUAGACCAGAUCAUGCCGGUGUCGGAAUUUGACUUCGAUACCUUGAAGCCAUACGUCACCUCCUCUAAAGAUGUGACGGCUUGCGAAAUGACCAAGAAACUUGACAAGAAGUACUAUGGCUCGUCGUCGAGCAUGACUUCAGUUCUCUCUCAUUUCCAUUAUCUUCUGUCCGCGUGGCGACCUGUCGACACUUCCAGACUUACUCAAAGUUACGGAGAUCCUCUACGCUCCUUCACCCGUCUCCUUCGAGCGCCGACUGCCAUGUUCCUCCGUUAUAAUGAGAAGGAGGAUAUUUACGCCAUUGAUGCCGAUAAGGAAUACGACACGGCUAAUAUCCUUAUGCACCUGGGCAAGUCAAUGGAGAAGCAACUCACACUGCCAAAGGAGAAGUUUGAACGCUACCGCCGUAGCGAUGCGAACAAGAUCACUGCCGAGGAAGAAGCAAGCGUUCCGGAGUCAUACCACUAUAGCACCAUAGGCAAGUUCCUUAUGCGAUCGCAACUCGACGCCUAUGAUCCAAGACUGCCAGGUACUGGCAUGUUCGACUUGAAAACACGUGCGGUGGUUUCGAUCCGCAUGGAACCUGUGGAGCACAAGCGUGGGAUGGGCUACGAGAUCAGACGCCGCUUUGGCAAGUGGGAGUCUUAUGAACGCGAAUACUUUGAUAUGAUCCGCGCCGCCUUCCUCAAGUAUUCCCUUCAGGUACGCGUUGGCCGCAUGGACGGCAUCUUCGUCGCAUAUCAUAACGUCGAACGCAUCUUCGGAUUCCAAUACAUCACCCUUGAAGAGAUGGAUGAGGCCUUACACGGCCAGAACAACACAGAACUCGGAGACACGGAAUUCGAACUGAGUCUCGGCCUGUGGGAGAAGAUUCUGGACAAGGCAACGGCGAGAUACCCCAAGCAGUCCCUGCGCUUCCACUUUGAGACCUGCGACGGUCCUACCCCCUACAUGCACAUCAUCGCCCAGCCCGUGACGAACGAGCAAAUCGACGCCAUCCAGUCAAAGAAUCAAUCUCAAGUCGAUGCCAUCACGGAACGCCUCUUCUAUCCGGAUCGGUUCGAUAACAGCGAGACUACGGACUCAGCCGAACCCGAACCCGAACCCGAACCCGAAGCUGAACUCUCUCCAAAAGAAAAUACCGAAGCCGAAGCCGAAGCAGACAAGAAGACCGAGGCGAAAUCCCUUGGCGAUUCCCUCGCCGACGCUCUCUUCCCAAUAGAACCCACCGACAAUACCGCAGAGCAAGGCGCCGAGUCGGAACUCGAUACCUCAUUCGAGCUCCCCGGCCUCAACACAGACUCCAAGCCCGAAGCCAAGCCCAAAACUAAAAAAGCCAAAUUCGUGCCCAAUCCCAGCCUAUCCACCGAAUACGACGAGAACCUUCUUGCUAUGACACUUACCAUAAAUAACAAGGUGAACGGAGUUCCAGUGCAGCGGCCGGGAUACUUCACCAAGUCUGACAAAUGGACGAUUGAUUACGAGCUCGGCGAGAUUAGUGUGGAGCAGGGUAAUACUGUUCUGCAGGCGGUCAAGAAGCGUCGCAAUACUCUUCUGAGAAAGAACGUGCAAGAUCACUCGAAUGACUUUUUCAUGAAUUUGCAAAAGCUCACUGACAAAGGACGUGCUUGGCGGAAGCGUUUGAAUAAGAUUGAUCGUGACCGUGGAAUUCUUGUUUAUAAGGAUUCUUGUGAUAUGGAUGUCUAG